UGGACUCUCAGAGACUCACUGUGAAGUUUUGGCCUCAGCUCUGAAGUCCAACCCUCAUCUGACACAUCUGGACAUGAGCUACAACAAACUGUCUGAUUCAUCAGUGAAGCGUCUGUCUGCUGGACUGGAGAGUCCAAACUGUAGACUGAAGACUCUGAGAUUGAUGUACUGCAGUUUGUCAAAGAUCAGCUGUGAUUAUCUGGCCUCAGCUCUGAAGUGCAACCCCUCCCAUCUGAGAGAGCUGGAUCUGAGAGACAACAACCUGAAGGAAUCAGAUGUGAAGCAGCUGAUUGAUCUUCAGCAGAGUCCAGACUGCAGACUGGAGACUCUGGAAUGGAAGGAUUGGUGGAAGUGA